GCUGAGGGAUGCCGAGACUUGCCUGUUGCUAGCCAGCUAGCCCCGUUAGCUGUGUCUAGCGAUUCUGGCUGAAACGGAUGGAUUUUAAUCCGCUUUUCCUGAACGACUCCAACUGAGUUACCCAAACAACCCGACAUGGGGAGGAUACAAUGUGUAUGGUGGUCCUCUGUAUCCCCUCGUACCGUCAACCUUUGCCUUAGCUUUAGUGUCAUAAAUCGUAGCUAGGCUGUUCAGUUAUCUGAAGGCCAAGCGAAGAAAAGGCAGGCCGUCACUGGGUGGAUCAGAGAAGAUUGAGGCGUCACAUCUUGCACAUCUACUUUGGGAUCAGCCACCGUCGCCUCUGCCAGUAUUUUCAACUCCUUCCACCCCAGAUGAGCCAUGUCUUCGUCAGGGUGCUGCCAGCUCCCCGGCUCCCUUUGCGAUUAUUCUGGGAACACUGAGACUAAUGCCUCUAAGGAUUCAGAGGAGUCUGAUUCUACUACACAGGCCCAGUACGUUGCCAAGGUUACGGCUAAAGAUGGCCGCCCACUUUCCACUGUUGUCAAAGCUGUGAGCUUGCAGAGCGAUGUGGGGAUGUGUCGAAUUUGUCAUGAGGGAGCUGGAGGGGAGACGCUGCUCUCACCCUGCGACUGCACUGGUACUCUGGGAAAAGUGCACAAGAGCUGCCUAGAAAAGUGGCUGUCCUCCUCUAACACCAGCUACUGUGAACUUUGUCACACAGAGUUCACCAUCGAACGGAGGCCACAGCCACUGACACAGUGGCUGAAGGACCCCGGGCCUCGCAGUGAGAAGCGCACCCUGCUGUGUGACAUGGCCUGCUUCCUUCUCAUCACACCCCUGGCGGCUAUCUCAGGGUGGUUGUGUCUCAGAGGGGCCCAGGACCAUCUGCAGCUGAAAAGCCGACUUGAAGCUGUUGGGCUUAUCGCUCUGACCAUCGCCCUCUUCACCAUCUACAUCCUCUGGACACUGGUGUCAUUUCGGUAUCACUGUCAGCUUUAUUCGGAGUGGAGGAGGACCAAUCAGAAAGUGCGCCUGCUCAUGCCCGACAUGAAGGGGGCGCACACCACCCAGCGUUCGGUGCCGACCAAGUCGACCAAGAAAAUGACUGACGAAACCAUUGUAUGAGUGCAGAGCGUCGGCUGGGAGGGGGGAGAUAAUGCAAAUCAAGCCCACACAAGCACUCUCUAAAAACAAGUUUAAUCAUAGUAAUAUUGAACUUUUGCACUUCAUAUUGACGAUCCUGAAGGGAAAGAGCUGCUUUCUCCUCAUGAUUUUUUUGUUAAAGCGCUUGAUUUUAAAAAAACAAAACAAAAAAAAAAAAGACGACUUAAUAUUGGCUGACCACAAAAGUGGAUUUGGAAAGAACAGAUUUCAGAGUCAUGUCAGGUAAAACUGUGUAUCCACCAGUACUAGGAUGUGAAGAAAUUGACACAAAGAAUGGACUAACCAGCCUGAAUUUUUAUGUAAGUGGCAGAAACUUAUGAAAUACUAAGACACAAGCUAAUGUAGCAGGAUAUAACUGAUCAGCAUGCUACUACAGUAUAAUAAGAGACGUAUUCACUACCUAUAAUUCCCUUAUAAUGCCCCUGCACAAUGUAUUUAACUGGUUUUGAACCGUGGACGAACAGUAGUCUGCAAGGAUGGGGAUCUAAGCAAAGAAGAUUGACAAAGUCUAGCUGUGAAUACUCCUUUUUUGUUUUGUUUGUUUGACAAGUAGAGGACAACUGUCCCCCGUCUACAAUCUUAAGCAUUAACUUUCCAGGUAAAGGUUUUACGCUACGGUUUCUUUAGAAAACAUUAAAUCGUGUCCCUCCUUGGUCAUUAAAGGGAGCCACAGUGCAUUUGUCACACGCUUCAAGAGGGGAUACCAGAACUUGUAUUUUGUGAAAUAACACUAAAUGACCCAUGAAAAAUUAUUGAAGGCAUGAUAAGGUGUUUAUACUCUAAUUGGAUGAUGUCUCUUCUAUUGUCAUUAGGAAAUAGACUCACUCCACAUGUAAAUGCAUCACUCAUGAACUGAGCGGCCUAGCAAUUAUCCAUGGUAGUAUCUUCAAAGCUAC